UUUUCCCUAUUUGUGGGGGUGUCUUACAUCAGCCCAGUGAGCCCUGGUUGACGCGGCUGGUGGACAGACAGCGAGCGAGUGAGUAAAAGAGAGAAACAGCUCGGCUUGCUACAUCCAGCCGUCCUGACUCUCACUGGAAUAAUCUAAAAAAAACACCUCUGAACAAAUGGUCUGAAAGGACGAAACCUCUUCAAAAUUGGAAGCCCGUCUUUGUGCAUGUGUUGGGAUGAACCGCCUGUGGGAUGUUCACCUCCUCCUGCUCAUCCUCCACUUCCUGUUUGGAGCCGUCAUGUCGCAGGUCAACCCAGGUGUGUGUCGGUAUCCUCUGGGCAUGUCAGGAGGUCAGAUACAGGACGAGGACAUCUCCGCCUCCAGCCAGUGGUCUGAAUCCACAGCUGCUAGAUAUGGCAGGUUGGAUUUUGAGGAAGGGGACGGCGCUUGGUGUCCAGAGAUAACGGUGGAGCCGGACAGUCUGAAGGAGUUUCUGCAGAUUGACCUGCGCUCGCUCCACUUCAUCACUCUUGUUGGCACGCAGGGCCGUCACGCAGGGGGCAUCGGCAACGAGUUUGCCCAGAUGUACAAGAUCAAAUACAGCCGUGAUGGAAGCCGCUGGAUCUCGUGGAGGAACAGGCAGGGCAAGCAGGUGAUUGAAGGAAACAGAAACGCCUACGACAUUGUACUGAAGGACCUGGAACCGCCGAUCAUCGCGCGCUUCGUUCGCUUCAUGCCGGUCACUGACCACUCCAUGAACGUCUGCAUGAGAGUGGAGCUCUACGGCUGUGAGUGGCUGGACGGUCUUGUUUCAUAUAACGCUCCAGCAGGAGAACAGAUGAAUCUGCCCUCUCACCCUGUUUACGUUAACGACUCUGUCUAUGACGGCGCCGUCAUCCACAGCAUGACAGAAGGCCUGGGCCAGCUGACUGACGGAGUGUGUGGUCUGGAUGAUUUCACACACAGUCAUGUCUACAACGUGUGGCCGGGGUACGACUAUGUGGGCUGGAACAACGAGAGCUUCCCAAAUGGUUUUGUUGAAAUCAUGUUCGAGUUUGACCGCACGAGGAACUUUACCACCAUGAAGGUCCACUGCAACAACAUGUUCUCCAGGCACGUCAAGGCCUUCCGUCAGGUCACAUGUUAUUUCCGCUCUGAGUCCGACUGGGAGGCCACGCCCCUUUCCUUCAGCCCCGUGGUGGAUGAGAAGAAUCCCAGCGCCCGCUUUGUCACCGUCAACCUAGCCAAUCAAAUGGCCAGUGCUAUCAAGUGCCAGUUCUACUUUGCUGACGCCUGGAUGUUGUUCAGCGAGAUCACCUUUCAGUCAGACACAGCCAUGUACAACACAACACUGGCUCCGCCCAAGACGGGUCUCCCACCAAACAUACCACCAGAGGAAGACCCAACCCACAAAGUAGACGACAGCAACACCCGGAUUCUGAUAGGUUGUUUGGUGGCCAUCAUCUUCAUCCUGGUGGCCAUCAUUGUCAUCAUCUUGUGGAGGCAGGUGUGGCAGAAGAUGUUGGAAAAGGCCUCUCGCCGGAUGCUGGACGAUGAACUAACUGCCAGUUUGUCAAUACAGAGUGAGACGUUUGCCUACAACCACAACCAGUCGAGUACAACCAGCGAGCAGGAGUCUAGCUCCACAUAUGAGCGCAUUUUUCCUCUGGGUCCCGACUACCAGGAGCCGUCACGCCUCAUAUGUAAGCUGCCCGAGUUUGCGCAGAGCUCUGAGGAGCCCGCUUCUACCAGCACAGCAGCUACUGUAAUCCAAGAUGGCGUCCCUCACUACGCAGAGGCAGAUAUUGUUAACCUGCAGGGCGUGACUGGAAGCAACACAUACGCCAUCCCUGCACUCACCAUGGACCUGUUGUCGGGGAAGGACGUGGUCGUGGAGGAGUUCCCAAGAAAGCUACUCACAUUUAAAGAGAAGCUGGGCGAGGGACAGUUUGGAGAGGUACACCUGUGUGAGGCGGAGGGAAUGCAGGAGUUCAUGAAUCAAGAGUUUUUAUUUGACAUCCCUGAAGAUCAGCUGGUUUUAGUGGCUGUAAAGAUGCUCCGUUCAGAUGCCAACAAAAAUGCAAGGAAUGACUUCCUGAAAGAGAUAAAGAUCAUGUCCCGUUUGAAGGACCCCAACAUCAUCCGCCUGCUGGCCGUGUGUAUCUACAGCGACCCUCUGUGUAUGAUCACAGAGUACAUGGAGAACGGAGAUCUCAACCAGUUCCUUUCCCGCCAUGAACCUGAGGGGCAGCUCGCUCUGCUCAGCAACGCUCCUACGGUCAGCUUCAGUAAUCUGUGUUACAUGGCCGCUCAGAUAGCAUCGGGGAUGAAGUACCUCUCCUCUCUGAACUUCGUGCAUCGGGACUUGGCCACGCGGAACUGCUUGGUGGGCAAAAAUUUCACAAUAAAGAUCGCCGAUUUCGGCAUGAGCAGGAACCUUUACAGCGGGGACUAUUACCGCAUUCAAGGCCGAGCGGUGCUGCCUAUACGCUGGAUGUCAUGGGAGAGCAUACUGCUGGGUAAGUUCACCACAGCUAGCGACGUGUGGGCCUUCGGGGUCACCCUGUGGGAGAUUCUAAACUUCUGCAAGGAGCAGCCUUACUCCCAGCUGACAGAUGAGCAGGUGAUAGAGAACACAGGGGAGUUCUUCAGGGACCAGAAAAGACAGAUCUACCUGCCUCAGCCUGUGCUGUGUCCAGACUCGCUCUACAAGAUCAUGCUGAGCUGCUGGAGGAGGAAUGCCAAGGAACGACCCGCCUUCCAGGAAAUACACAGAGCCCUCUUGGAUCUGCACGCGUAAGCUCGGGCGAUGUUUAAAGACAGUGAUUCCCUGUCUGCUCCUUCCCUGGAGGAGCUGGUGCAUGACGAGAGUAGACCAUGAUUCAGACACAAUCCAGGUUUAAGCUCACCUGCUUCAGCAGAGGAACAGGUUUCUCUUUAUUUCAUGGACUUACACACGACAAAGAUGGACUACCAGAGCCUUUUGGUGUGUGUGAUCUUUAACAUGCUUACAGCUAUUACUAAGAGAAAUCCAUUCUGUUGUUUAAAACACCCAAAUGUGUUUAUGGUUCGGUUCUGAAUGUAAAAGAACCAAAAAAUAAAUGUAGCAAGUGACAUUCGGCACUUUUAAAAAAAUGUAUUAUAUAAUUCCUUUUUGUAUGCAGGUCUAAUUUCUUCAGGUGUUUACUAUCAAACUUUGUUGAAAAGCUUUCUUUUGGAGGACUGCUUGAAUGUAGAAGAAGUGCAGCAACACUCAGCCGUCACAUUUCAUUUCAAGUAUUUCAUCUCAGAGGCCGAAGACGAUCAUCUCAGUGGGACUCCGGGUCGCUCGUCAUCUCCCUGCAGCUCUCUUAUGGUUACUCCACGUCUUUAAGAUUGUGUAUUUCCAAUAGGCAUUUUGUAUUAAUAUUUAUAUGUUUAUAUGUGUUUGCUCUUGUUGAUAUAUUUGUACGUUUUUUUGUUUGAUGAAUCAAAUUCGAACUGUUAAAAUUACAAAAAAGACAAAACUAGUGCCGUCAGCGCUGAACGAGUUAAUCUUGAUUAAUCUCAUGUUAUUUUGUCCCUUCAUGCUCACCGUAGAUAGUGGUCCUCAGUGUCUCCCUGUCUCAGUCUCAGUGAUGUAAAAGAAGGACACUGCUGCAUCUUUGAAUGUCUCAUUUCACUUUAACAAACUCUCAGACAGCUCAGCUGACGAGUCCAAAGUAAUAUCCACCUUAUGACAUCACACAUUGACCUCAUGACAUCACACAUUGACCUUAUGACAUCACACAUUGACCUUAUGACAUCACACAUUGAUCUUUGUUACCGUUCCUUUGAGCUGUUUGACCUCACUUUGGGGAUCCCUAACCACUUCCUGUUUCUGGGCUUCACUUCCUGUCCUAACCUUCACUCUAAAGGAAGGUACUGACUUUAUUUCAAAAUAAAAGCACACAGCAAGUAAAGUACUCUCAGCGUAAGACAGUGGAACAUUUCAAAAUAAAAGCUGAUUUAAAAAAAAAUCAAGAUAAUGGAAUUCCAAACAUGCAAUUAAAAUUGUAAUUUAUCAGGGCACCAGUAGCCUAGCAGUUAUGUUGCGUGCCCUAUGUACAGAGGCUGUAGAGUCCUUGUUGCAGCAGCUGUGGGUUCGAAUCCGACCUCAGCCCAUUGCUGCGUGUCAUCCCCCCUCUCUCACCUCCCAACGUUUCCUGUCUCUCUUCAGCUGUAACAAUUUAAUGAAGACAAGAAGGGCCAAAAAAUGUGAUUAAUUGUUGAUGUUAAGCGAUUAAUGGCCGUUCAAAUGUUGAAUGGUUUGACAGCCAUAAAUAAAAAGUGAGCCAGGGGUGCAGCUGAACCCUUCUGAGAGGGCUUGUAGGUGAUCAGAUAUCGAUAGAACUUAAAAUUACUCCACCGUUAUGUGUUCACAGUCAGGAUGAACGGAGACGUGUUACUGAGUAUGUUGUGGGUUUGAAAACAUGAAGCACACAUCUGCGUUUGGAGGAUGACAGAGAACGUACACUGCAUGUUAAAUCAGGAGCGCAGAGACUUAAGUCAUGUCUGCGAUUGGAACAGUAGGACUUCUUCACAUGAAAAUAUGAUUGGAUGAAAACUUUUAGUCAUCAGCAGUCGGCUGGUUCCCUUCACUUCUUCUUCUCUUGUAUUAUUCUGUGUAUAACUCUUAAUGGUACCAACCUGUUUAAGCCGGUUCUGCUGUGUUUACGAGCUCGUUCCUCUUAUCAGAGGCCUUCACCUGUACAUAAAUUAUACUCCUGCCUGACCUGUAACGCAGGGUCCGUAUCGUUUAAAGCAGAGCUAUUGUACACUAAAGUGAAACACCGAGUCUUUGGAGACAGAUGAGGGUGUUUGUGAGGCCUGUGGGGAAGUUAAAUAAAGAAAUGUCUAUGUAUCAUUGUCA